GAUCCAGCCCAGCCCAAGAAUCAAAACGAUCUCUUCCCCUUGCCACUUGCUUGAGUUGGUGCAGCCGCAGCGCAGGGGAAGGUUCGGGUUGGGAAGUUGGCAGGUGUUUAGAUCGGAGCGAGGGUCGGAGAUUGGUACAGUUGUUCUCUGCGCCCGGGAAAAGCUCAGCUACGGCUUCACAAAUCUCAGGUUUACCGGAAGAAGGCGAGGAGAUGCGCCAUGGUUGACCUGUUUCCCGAUUCUGAAUAGCAUUGAUGUCGGAAGAAAUGGGGAGUAGGGUUCCAGUUCAGCACUAUGACUUGAGAUCGCCUCCUACUGCCAAUUCAUUCAUCGGCAGCUCUCUUCAUGACCUCAACACCGUCGAUUCUCGACCGCCGGCUAGUAUCGAAGGCAUAACCGAAGCCGAUCCCCACCCUUCUUCCUCUGAUACUGGCCUCAACGGCGACCACGACUCUCCUGACCCUGCUGUUGACUGCAUCCAUGAGUCCUACAGAAACUCUUUGCCACUUCAUGGUGUCGGGGUUGAAGAGGACCGCUCUAGCGUCGAGAAUAGUGGGUCUUCAAGGGUUCCAUACAAUUUGAUAAACAUCGAAGAUGUUACACCUAUUGAAUCUGCAAGGGCUAGACUUUUGCAAAUUGUUGUGGAUUACUUCAUUAGCGAUCACUUGAUUGAGGUGACGGAUAAUGGCAGUAGUGAGUAUUCUGGUCAUCCUGGACAAGAUAGUUUGAGCAAAAGGAAGUCUGGAGAUGUUAGAUAUGAAGGGGAUCCGAGGUUUGCUUUGCCCUUGAUGUACGUCGCCAAUUUGUAUGAGACGCUAGUGAAUGAUGUAAAUAUUAGGCUGGCUUCCUUGAAUUCUAUUCGGGAUAAGACCAUUGGGAUAGCUCUUGAAGCAGCCGGUGGUUUGUACAGAAAAUUGGCCAAAAAAUUCCCCAAGAAAGGUACGGAUGUUUCUGCUUUUCUGGUCACCAGUGGAUUGCAUAACUGAACUAGUUGUCUCCAUCUCUUGUUUGAGAAUUGCUUGGCACUCAUUUUUGUUUCAAAUAUGAAAACUGUUUGAUCUUGUGUGAUUUGUUGAGUUAGAUAAAAUAAAAUAAUAUGCGUAGGUGUAUUACAUUGAGGUCUUUCAACUACUUUGUGUUUUUCUUCCCUGUUUUGUUUAGGUUCUUGUAUGUUUAAAAGAAGAGAACUGGCAACUUCUGUGGAGACAAGGACGAGAUUUCCUGAGUUGGUGAUCCAAGAAGAGAAAAGAGUGCGUUUUGUGGUGGUCAAUGGUUUGGACAUCAUUGAGAAGCCGACGAAUCUUCCUAGAGAAGAUGCAGAGUGGUUCAAGAGACUUACUGGUCGGAGUGAAGUUUCUGUAUCUUCUCAAGACUAUAAAUACUACUCUCCAAGGCACAAGUACAGGCGUAUUCUAUCUAAUGUUCCCGGAUUACAGGCCACCCAUGGGACAGAUAGUUCAUCUGCAAUGUCUGCUGAUCAAGGAUUCCGCUCACCACAUGGCCACGAGCAGACUCCUCCGAAGCAUAAUGCACAACCUUUGGCAAACCAGCCACAUUUUCAUCCAGUUCUUCAAGCACAUCAGAGCCAACAUACUCCACACUUCUCUCAAAGCCAUCAAUGUGGACCAGCUCACAUGUCAGAGAUGCCACAUGCCAACCAUUCACCUACCAUUUCUCAACACAUGUCGUAUUUACAACCCCUUGCCGGAAGCCAUCUCACAGGGCGUUUGCAUUUAAUGGUGAGAGCUAUUGCGAAGUUCUGCGAUGAAUGUGGUGCUCCUUAUUUGAGAGAAACGUCAAAGUUCUGCUCUGAAUGUGGCACAAAGAGGCUGGGAACAUGAGCCAAUGGCUCUGAACGUGGAAUAGGGAUUUCCUCCGAUGUAAAUUAUUCUAGCGGUCCAGGGUGUUGUAUCAUAAAUUGUCUGGUGUAUUGGUUAGUUUGAUGAAGCAUCAGACAGCAAGGGUUGUGGUCCGUUCGGGCUUUGAUAUUAGGCCGAUGGUUCUCGUCUUCAGCUUUUUAUGCUCUGUACGCAAUUAUUCUGUAAUCUAAAUGGUUCUUUGAAACUUGAGUUCUAAGUUGCUAAGAAGUUAAUUUAUAUGUGGUAUGGUUGUCACGUCGGU